AUGAACGGCGCCGGCUUCGUGGCUGCUGCCGACAGCCGCACCCCGGGCUCCACGGGCACCGGCGGCAUCGGCGGGCUCCUCCAGGCCAGCACCUACCUGGCCGGCCUCUCGGGCGGCGGCUGGCUGGUGAGCAGCAUCUACGCCAACAACUUCACCUCGGUCGUGACGCUGCGCGACGGCAGGAAGGACAGCAGCAUCUGGAAGUUCGACAACUCCAUCUUCACCGGCCCGGACCUGCCCGGCAUCUUAGACACGGCCAGGUACUGGAGCGAGGUUGCCAGCCAGGUCCAGGCCAAGGCCGACGCCGGCUUCCAGACCUCCGUCACGGACUACUGGGGCAGGGCGCUCUCGUACCAGCUGAUCGACGCCCCGGAGGGCGGCCCGUCCUACACCUUCUCCAGCAUCGCCGAGGACGACGCCUUCUCGAACGCCCAGGCCCCGUUUCCGAUCCUGGUCGCCGAUAACAGGGCCCCCGGCACCACCGUCGUCUCGCUGAACUCGACCGUGUUCGAGUUCAACCCCUACGAGAUGGGCUCGUGGGACCCCACCACCUUCGGCUUCGUCCCGAUCAGGUACCUCGCCUCCAACUUCUCGGGCGGCGUGGUGCCGGCCGGCGGCGAGUGCGUCCGCGGCUUCGACUCGGUCAGCUACAUCUUCGGCACCAGCAGCUCGCUCUUCAACGCGUUCCUGCUGCAGAACAUCACCUCGGUCAAGGGCGUGCCGCAGUUCCUGGUCGACGCGGCCACCGACAUCCUCAAGGGCCUCUCCAACGCUCGCGACGACGUGGCCCAGUACGUGCCGAACCCGUUCCUGGGCUGGAACAACGCGAGCAACCCGACGGCGGACGCCUUCGAGCUCGACCUCGUCGACGGCGGCAUGGACCUGCAGAACAUCCCGCUGCACCCGCUGAUCCAGCCGGCCCGCGCCGUCGACGUCAUCUUCGCCGUCGACUCCUCCGCCGACACGACCUACUCCUGGCCCAACGGCACCGCCAUGCGCGCCACCUACGCCCGCUCGCAGAGCCCCAUCGCCAACGGCACGCUGUUCCCGGCCGUGCCGGACGACCGCACCUUCCUGGCGCUGGGCCUCAACAACCGGCCGACCUUCUUCGGCUGCGACGCGCACAACUUCACCACCACCACCAGCCAGUCGGCGCCGCCGCCGCUGGUGGUCUACCUGCCGAACGCGCCGUACACGGCGCUGUCCAACGCGACGACCUUCACGCCGUCGUACGCGCUCGCGCAGCGCGACGCCAUCAUCCGCAACGGCUACGACGCCGCGACGCAGGGCAACGGCACGCUCGACGCCGCCUGGCCCGCCUGCGUCGCCUGCGCCGUGCUGAGCCGCAGCUGGGCGCGCACCGGCACCGCCGCCCCGCAAGCCUGCGACGCCUGCUUCGCGCGGUACUGCUGGAACGGCACGACCGCGCCGGCCGACGCCGCCAUCGUCGCCGGCGGCGGCGGCGCCGAGUACCAGCCCACGCUCAAGAUCGGGGACGGCAACUCGGCGAGCUCGGCCGGUGUGGCCCUGGCUGGGCGGUCCGUGUGGGCCUUGAUUGUCGGGCUGGCGGCGGUGCUGUUUUCUGUGUGA